ACUGGAAUUGGGCCUCGGCACGUAUUAAAUUGAAUUGGGAGCCUGCCCGUUGUUGUAUGUAAUAACCAGACAAAUUCCCAUGAUGCUGUUUGCAGCCAAAACAACGGAGUAGUAACCCAGGACCCCGCCUGUUUAGAAAAACUGAAGUAAAUAAUUUUAUGCAGUAAAAAAAUGGCUGCAGUGACGUUUUGCUGUGCAGUCUUGUAACUACAGAUUUAAUUUAAUAUUUCAUACUUUAAGAGACCACAGUAUUUCUCUGACAUGUGUAAUCAAAUGAAUCAUGCAUGCAGCAAGCAUCAUUUGGUUACAUAGCAAGAAUACAAUUGUUUUCAUGUUGUUACAGCCGCAAAAAGUAUUAUUCAUCACAGAGGCCUGUUAUUGUUUUAUUUCGAACGGCGAACGCGGCCAUGGCCUUCCCUCAUACAUUAAGCAACUGCGAUGUUUAACCAUUUCAGCUAAAAUGCAUUCUAUGUUAAAAUUUUCAUCCCAAACAUGAUGUUUAUUUAAAUAGGAAAUAAACAUAGAUGCGUUAGUGCACGUUAUAAAUAGCUUCUAAUAAACAUUGCAGAUCGCUGGGACUUCACUCAUCGCAAAUACUUGCCAAACAUGACUGCCAAUAUCGUUUCCUAAAUACAAAACCCUUAGGUCACUGGUAUUCUUAACAACCCUCAACUCCGCUCGGCUCAAAGUAACCUUCUCACUUAUUUAAUUGGCGCUGCAUAUGUAUUAUUAGGUGUGCCAGCUGCGGAACGUCAUCGGAAGAAAGUCUUAGCAUUUUGGGGUUUUUUUUGCAAUGAAGCAAUGGAUGCCUCUAACGAUUUUAUCCCCAAUUUCUGUUAGCUGAGUUAGUGGGGCAGAUGAUAAAGUGAACACUGGUAAUAAUUGCUUCCCAAGCGCUAUCUUCUGAUACUGUGAAUCAGCAAGUUAUCAAUGACUAUAUAUAGCGCAGUACUUGUCACCCAAGUGUCUCUACAUUCAUUUGACAAGAUUUCAGUUAAUAAUGCAAUUCCAGCAACCGAGUGGCGAAUUAAACUGGGAAAAGAGAACUGUGGCACAAGAAUGUUAAACAGACUCCAACAUCUAAUCAUUGCAACCCGAUAAAGAAAAUACAUUCAACGUAUGCCUUGUUGGAUUUUAAACCCCACAUCGAGCAUUGCCUGGUCUACGCAAAUUGCAAUGCACUUGCCGGCAAUGAUCCUGAUUCGGGUUAAGAAUCCAUCGGAUUUCAGUCAACCAACACAAAAAGCCCAUUUGCGUAUUGGUGACGUUAACGACUUCUAUAGGUGAAUGGCUGAUGUUCUCGCGGCAUUCUUUAUCUAUUGGCGUAUGACUAGUAAAAUCUCUAAUAUUAAAUUCGGUCAAGUCGCUGGAGUGGUUUAAUACGAAAGUAACUGGGCGGUGUGUUGACCCUGGGCUGAAGUGUUCCUGGCGCCGAAUCAAACUUUUAAAAAAAAGAUAGGAAACAAAAGCCUGCAAGCAUGAUCCCAACAUAACGGGGAGCUGGUGUUUUGGUCGAGGAAAUAUUGCAUAUCGUCAAAUCGUGCGGCGGAAUAUGGCGGAGACUGAAGAAGGCUUCGGGCUGCCAGCUUCAACACGCAGCGACCCCGAGCCGAAGGAACACUCUUCAGAAAAUAAGCAGGACAGCUUGCUCGGUGCGGCCAACAAACCCCAUUCCCCACAGCAGGCUACAUACAGUCAACAGGGAAUGGAAGGGAUUAAAGUGUAUUUACAUGAACGGGAGUUAUGGUUAAAAUUUCACGAAGUCGGGACAGAGAUGAUCAUUACGAAAGCGGGAAGGCGCAUGUUUCCCAGUUACAAAGUGAAGGUGACCGGGUUAAAUCCGAAGACAAAAUACAUCCUUCUAAUGGACAUCGUACCGGCAGAUGACCACCGUUAUAAGUUCGCCGACAACAAAUGGUCUGUGACGGGGAAGGCGGAACCUGCGAUGCCGGGGAGGCUGUACGUUCACCCAGAUUCACCUGCCACUGGGGCGCAUUGGAUGAGGCAGUUGGUAUCCUUCCAAAAACUCAAACUUACCAAUAACCACCUGGACCCCUUCGGACAUAUUAUUCUAAAUUCGAUGCACAAAUACCAGCCCAGGUUGCAUAUUGUAAAGGCCGACGAAAAUAACGGAUUUGGGUCGAAAAACACGGCUUUCUGCACCCAUGUUUUCGCUGAAACUUCCUUUAUCGCGGUCACAUCGUAUCAAAACCACAAGAUUACCCAACUUAAAAUAGAAAAUAACCCUUUUGCAAAGGGAUUUCGUGGGAGCGAUGAUAUGGAGUUGCACAGAAUGUCACGAAUGCAAAGUAAAGAAUACCCGGUGGUUCCCCGGAGCACGGUUAGACAACGUGUGGGGUCCGCUGCGAGUCAGUUCAGCGGGGAGGUGCGAGUGUUGCCCGUGUCUAACAGCCUGAAUUCUCAGUACCAAUGCGAGAACGGCGUAUCCAGUUCGUCGCAGGAGCUGCUGCCUCCCAACCCGUACUCACUGUCCCAGGAACAGAGUCCGCUAUAUCAUUGCAACAAAAGGAAAGCAGUAGAAGAAGAUUGCCCCUCAACUGAGCAUCCAUUCAAGAAGUCAUUUAUGGAAAGCCCACCUCAAGAUGAUGACCCUUUCUACAGGUCGCCAAGUUACUCCCAACAGCAAAAUCUUGCUCCGUCUUACAGGACUGAGUCAGCACAACGGCAGGCGUGCAUGUAUGCUGGAUCUACAUCAGGAACGGACGCUGGCUCCAGCCUCGAUGACAUAAGUUGUAACACUUGGGCCACCGUUCCUUCAUACAGUAGCUGCACAGUGACCGCCAUGCAGCCCAUGGACCGAAUACCCUACCAACACUUCUCAGCGCAUUUCACAUCGAGCCCAUUAAUGCCUCGCAUCAGUGGCGUCACCAACCACACGUCUCCACAGAUAGGGGAUACCCACAUGUUUCAGCAUCAGACCUCAGUUUCUCACCAGCCCAUAGUCAGGCCGUGUGCUCCUCAAGCUGCGAUUCAGUCUGCAAGCAAUCUUCAACCUUCUGACUACUUGUAUCCACAUGGCAUGUCAAGAACCCUCUCACCACAUCAAUACCACUCAGUUCAUGGAGUUGGCAUGGUGCCAGAAUGGACUGAAAACAGCUAAUUCAAAGAUCCCUUAAUGGAUCUGACAUACCUGAAUGUUUGCAUUUGAUGAAACUGAACACAUUUUUCUAGCAAUACUUUUCUUUGGAAAAACAAUCAUAAGUGGCAUUAAUUUUCAAAGGACAUUUUAUACAAUGACAUAUCAUUGAGACAUUCUUCCCCUCCCUUCUUCCUAUUCUAUUUAUUUGAAUGAUAUUUAAAUGUCAUUCACCAAAAACAAAAGUGAAGGGUUCCAUCUGGUGGAUGUUUCUCUGCAAUGUAUAGUUAAUGUUUCUGUGCAUUUCGUUUGUAAAAUUGGUCAAAAAGUUGUGUAAAUAUCAAACAAAUGGAAGAAUCAUUCGCGACAUUGUACAAAUCCUAGAAAGUUUCCCCUUGAACCAAUUGGUGUCAUGAUCUCAUAUGGUAUAGAUGAGGAAAUAUGGUGGGGUGUCGUGAGCAAUAUAAGACCCCUACAUGCUUACACGAUGCUUAAAUGCUUAAUUAUGUUGCUCCAUGCAAUUACAAUGUUGUUUGCAUCAUUAUUUCAAAAUAUUUCAAAAGAGUUUGCAGUGGAAUGAAACAAGCAAGUCAGGUCAGGCAAAUACACCAUGUUAGGUAGCAAGUAAAACAUUGUAGCCCAGAAUUAGUUUUAAUAUUUCCAAAAUAAAUAUUAAUGGAGACAACCUAAACGGAUAUCGCUUGUGUGGAAGGAGAGGGAGGGAAAAGGAAUCACAUUGCUUGGCGUUGUAAAAGAAAUAGUUACUGAGUGUCUGAAAGCAUAAGCAAGGAAUAUCACAUGAUUUCCAUUCACUGAAAUACAUUUUUAUUAAAGGUUAAAAUCAGGGCCAUAACUAAAGACAAAACCUGCUUCACAAAAAUGGAUUUUAUGAAUAUUGAGAAAUAUACCCAGCAUUUAUAUUGUUCCCUUACCCUCCACCUCAGAAAUCGCAUCUGUCCCAUUUGUAGGAUGAUGACCAAGAAUACAAGUCAAUUCCUGAGUUCAAUAAAAUGUUCAUUGGAGUUUCUAAAACUUGAAUGAUGGCAAGUAGACACUUUAUGGUUCAGAGUUCAGUCUAUACCUUCCUCAGAAGCAAUUUAGGAUGAAUUCCUUUGAUUCAUUGAAAAGAUUGGAAAAUGUAGGGGGAAAAUUAAUGCACUAUUUCCGGAUAUAUAACAAUGGGACAAUUCAACAUAUGUACAUGAAAAAAAUAGUGGAUGUAAAUAAUUCAGAGGACAUAGGUAUUCUUUGUUUCACUUAUAGUAAAUAUUUUAUACAGAUACCCAUUUACAGCUAUAUAUGUAUUAUAUUUUGAUCUUGUGAUACUCAAUAUCAACUUCUAAUUGUCCCCAGUUUUGAGCAAUACAGGUGUUUACAUCAUAAGGCAAAGAAUAAUAUUCUUAAAUUAUGUAUCAAGCAAUAAGUAACUCUUUAUUCAACAUGAAAAAAAGUGCAGAACUUGCUUGUAAUAAUUAUUAGUAUCUUUCUGGUCAAUAGUAUUUAUUGUUGGACAAUCCUAAAAGUGCUUGUUUUGGAGUAUUAAGAAUGAUAUAUUGUUAGAAAAAAAGUUGUUAAAGAAAUGUGCUUGAAAGUCCUUUGGUGUAUAAAAGAGAUGAAUCAAUAAUGUUUUUUUGUAAAUAAAACACAAUGUAUAUACUGAAAUGAAAUAACUUCAAAUACUAUCUUUGAGUGACUUACCUUUUUCUCUGGCAUCAUGUUAUGAAUCUCUAUCCAAGAAAAUAGGGAUUUGCCAUAGAAUGGGUGUCAAAUACUCAUGCCUGUAACAUAUUGUAAAGACUGAAGCACACGACUGCAAACAUGUAAAGAAAAUAUAGUAACAUCACUUCCAUUACAUUAAAGGCACUUAACACGCACAGGUUUGACCAUCUGCCUUUGUGUUUGUGGGUUCAGAUUUCAGCACACUCAAUAAUAACUAACUGUUUCUUUCGCAGUUAAAAGGAGAUAUUUAACAUUAAAAAUAUCUUUCUAUU